GAGGCAAUCAUGAUAUAUUGUAAAAUAUACAGAUGAUUUUGAACCCUUUACCUUUGAAAUUAGCUCUCCAUCAACAACGGCAACGUCUGGAAAACAUCAUGUGACAGGGCGUCACUCAUGUGACUGUGUUUGGACUUCCUGUUUGAACGAAUAUAGCUUGAUUACUUGUUUCUCAAACUAUUAACGGUGCGAUGUUGAUGUUAGAGAAAUGGUUUUGAACCGAAUCACAGUGAGGAAAUGGUCUCCCCUAGAAAAGGCUGACGAUCGGUGUGUCAACACAGAUGUAACGUUACAACCACUGAUUCAGUACGUUAUAAGACGGCCGCAUGGUGACAUUGGUGAGAAGCACACCAAACUCAGACCGGUAUAAUUGAAAGUUAACAGCUCCUGACCUGUCAACAACUGGCGUUAACGAUGUCAGGUGGUGCGAGCUUCAUGAGCAAGGUGCGGUCCGCCUUUAGGAAGGAGCCUGAGGACUGGGACCUGAGCGACACGGCGCCCUUUGACCUCUCCGGGGACGAGCUCGCGGAGGAUGAGGCGCCCAAGUUCAACAAACUCAAAGUGGUGGUUUCCGGUGAGAUGGAGGACUACGCAGCAGGGGCACCGUCGAACGGCGUCGCGGUGAACACAGUGGUGGUGGAUGAUGACGAUUCGCUGCUCGACUCGUCCUCGGGGAGCUUGGGGAGCCCCGGUGUCAACAUGGACCGGUCGCAGUGUGAGAGCUGCACGAGGAAGAGAGAGGGGGUUAAACGGAGGAGAGUGAUGAAGAAGUUGGCAUGCGCCUCAGUGUUGUAUUUUCUCUUCAUGAUUGGAGAACUGAUAGGUGGUUAUGUAGCUAACAGUCUGGCCAUAAUGACUGAUGCUCUCCACAUGUUAACUGACCUGAUUGGGAUAGUGGUGUCUCUGCUGGCACUGUGGCUGUCUGCUAAACCACCCACCAACAGAUUCACCUUCGGACUGCAUCGCCUAGAGGUGGUCUCAGCCGGUAUCAGUGUGUUACUCAUCUACAUCCUAACGGGGGUGUUGUUGAACGAGGCGGUGCAGAGAACUGUCAGUCAAGACUUUGAAAUCAACGGAGAUGCCAUGCUCAUCACUGCAGCUGUGGGGGUCGCUGUCAACCUAGUUAUGGGUUUCCUCCUGAACCAGACCGGUAACGGUCACCUCCACUCCCACGGGGGUCAUGGUCACUCACACGGGGUUCCCCCUCCACCCUCACAUGGCCAUGGCCACAGCCACGGUGGCCCCCCAGCCCAGGGGCCCCAGGGAAGCCUAGCGGUCAGGGCAGCCUUCAUCCAUGCACUGGGAGACCUGGUCCAGAGUAUAGGGGUCCUCAUAGCUGCCUACAUCGUUCGCUUCAAGCCAGAGUACAAGCUGGCGGACCCCAUCUGUACUUACAUCUUCUCUAUCCUGGUGCUGUUCACAACGAUACGCAUCAUACGGGACACAGGAGUCAUCGUCCUCGAGGGGGCUCCCAGGCAUGUGGACGUUCAGCGAAUCAGAGAAGACCUUCUGAAGUUGGAGGACGUCCAAUCAGUUGACGAGCUCAACGUGUGGGCGUUAACCGGUGACAAGACCUCGGCCCUCGCACACCUGCGGCUCUCGCCCUCUAGUGCCAGUGCGUGGGAGGACGUGCAGGCCAAGGCCAGACACCUGUUGAUCCACACCUACGGCCUGACCAGGUGCACGGUGCAGGUCCAGACACACAGAAACAGGGCUACACGCACCUGUACACACUGCCGAGAGUUCACCACAUAGCCUGAAUUAAAAGCAGUCUGAGGAGGUUAAACCAGACUGGUGCCAAAGCAUAGUGAUCUGGUCGAUGCCAUUGCCAGGAUAUUUGGACGGACAGUCAGAUGCACAUUUUAUUUUUAAAGGACAGCUGAUUCCUCCUGGGCUGUUGACCUGCUUGCAAAGCUUUCUGAAGAGGGGUUGAGCGAAUCUUAACUUUUCAACAAAAACAAAAGAUCUAUAAUAAUCACCAUUAAAGCCUGUAAAUGUUUAACAUUAUUCCUUUCUUUUUGGUACUUGUAUAGUUGAACUGUGUUAAUGUUUGUUUGAGCGCUCUGACUGUAGGUGUUAUAUUGUUUCCAGUGGGGUGACAAAAGGGAAUGUCUCUGGGUUCAUCUCAAUUCUAUUUCUUUGAUUCCUUGCAUCCUCUUUGCUGCCUCCUCAAAACACAACGGAGGAACAUCAGAUUCAGGACAUUUAAGAUUCACGGUGUCUGUCAUCUCCUCACAAGGUAGAACCACUGGCAUCUACUCUGACCUGUUAAGGACCAAUCCUAACAUGAGAUAUGCACCUGUAUGUAAAGUCUGGCACGCCAAUGCAACAACUUACACAGAAAUGCAAGUUAACUGUGUGAAUAUCUGAAGUUCGUAUUGGUGUUCUAGUGUAUCAGUGUUUGACUAGGUUGAUGUGAGGCUGUGUCUGAAAAUGUUACUAGCUAUCCAAUCCUUUUUUCCUCUGUCCUUGUUUCCUCAACUCCUCAAAGUUAAUUGGAGGAGAGGAUCCAAGGUCCUAUCCUCUGAUGACCACCUCCAAUGAGCUUUGAGGAAUUGAGGGAGGAAAAAGGACUGAGGAAGCCAGUAACGUUUUCAGGCACAGCCAGAAAUGAGGCCCAGGCCAUCUCUACAUCUGAUCGUAUUAUUAAUCUGAUGAUCGUGUCCAUAUUGCCUUUGCUAAUGUUUGAAAAUGCCUUCUCCUUUACUGACCGUGUUAAACCAGUAGACAAAGAGGAUGUUUUUAUGUUAAGGGUUAUCUGAAUUUAGAGUACUGACCACACACUUUUUGUUUUACUUGUUUCUUUAACAGUUAACUUAUUCUAGCUGAAAUCAGGAAACUGACAAUGAAAGUGACUUUGAAUCAUGUUUAAUACUGUAGUAGGGUAAUACAUGACUACUGCUUCUAGUUAAUAUCAGCCAGGUUUAUUUGCUCAUCAGAUUGAUUCUGUCAACAUUUCAGAAAUGCAGUAUUGUUCCAUAAGCAUCGAGGGCUGUGAGAUGCCAAUAUUUAUCGUGUGUGUAUAUGAAUACACUUGGCAUUGUCUUCAGGUCCUGGUUGGUUCCUUAAACCACUGUCAGUCUUCCUGUCCAAGCUUAUCAACAUGUUGGUAUGAACAGACUAAAAUGACAUUUUCUUUAACUGCAAAUCAGUUCAGUAUAUGCAUUACCUGCCUUGUGUUGCUCUUGUUUUGAUUAAUUUUAUGUUCAUUUUAAAAGGCAUUUGGUCUAUCCUGUUGUCAGGGUUGGCUCUCUACAGCAGCACUCAGUGAUUUGCACAUUGAUUCCUUCAACCUGAACACUAAGGCUCUGCUCCAAUAUCCACACUCGUGUACUACUUACGUAGAAUGAAGUAUGGAUACGUCCCAAAUGGCAUACUUUAAGUGGUAAACUAAUAUGGGCAUUAGAACCGAGACUUCUAUUCCCUUAACAUCAGGAUGCAGUAUUGCCUGGUUGUUGAUCACAUGAUCAGCUGUUUGUUUAAAUGAUUCAUGGUUAUCAAUGUUUGAGUUAAUUUAUCACUAGACUGAGACCUGUCUGAGUCUGUCACUCUCACUUCAACUGGCAGAUUCAUUGACUGGAAACAUGUGAAGAACCUGUUACAUUUAGAAAUAAAUUUCUUUUGAACACUGA